AUUGUCGGUGUGCAUCUCUCCAGACUUCCCAUUUGGUUCACUGGAGAAGCCAACUAUACCCUAUCUCUCAGCCUCCUCCUGGGAACCUUCUAAGGCAGUCGGUAGGGUGCAGAAACAAACGUCCCAAAGAGCCAAGCCGAUAGUCUUUCCAAGGGGAUCAACAAGAACCUGCAGCUUGAUCUCUGCAAUCCCUUCUACAUCCCCUCUGUGGUCAAAGCUGAAGGUACCCACCUCCAUCCCCUUUGAUUCCUUCUCCUCGACCACAGACAGCAGGAGGGAAACAAGAAACAAAGGAAUCUAGAUACAUGGCAGAUGCAUACUAGAAGUUAGAAUAGCUACCACUUGCAGUUCUGUUUUCUGUUCCUAAGAGGAGGCUUUGCGAGUUCAAACACAUCAGAUGGAGUUCAGUAUCAGAAGAGAUGGUUUUUACAUGACCGAGGAAGAAAAGCAGGAGGAGAACUCCAAAUACCUGUCCUUUGUUCCUUUAUCUUCUUCCUUUUCCUCGUCAUCGACGUCCAAUGCGUUCAGAUGGCAUGUUGGUCCGUCCGAUAGCGUAGGCCGCAGCGCCAGUGAUGGCUGCAACGAGAGCAAUUUCUUCACAGGUAAGGAGCACAUGUUUGACAAGGUGGUUACGCCCAGCGAUGUUGGCAAGCUGAACCGACUUGUGAUCCCGAAGCAGUACGCCGAGAAGUAUUUCCCCCUUCACCAAACGGCCAACGAGAAGGGGAUGCUGUUGAGCUUCGAGGACCGCCUGGGAAAGUCGUGGCGCUUCCGCUACUCCUACUGGAACAGCAGCCAGAGCUACGUCAUGACCAAGGGCUGGAGCCGCUUUGUCAAGGAGAAGAGGCUCGAUGCGGGGGAUAUCGUCUCCUUCGGCCGUGGUGUCGGCGACUCCGGAGGUGAUCACCUCUAUAUCGACUGGAAGCGACGGCCAGACAACCAUGAUCUACCCCGACUUCCACGAAUUCCGCUCGCGGGUGUAUCUUUGGGGCGGCCGUCAGGGCCGUGGAGCGGCAGCCCGUUCCUCAUCCCUCCACCGGCAGUUUUCGACCACCGCCGCCCAGGUUUCGACUAUAAUGCCAGGAACUCGGGUACCACUAGCGGAGAUCAGUUUCUCUUCUUCGGAUCUUCGUUGGCAGGGCCACCACAGUUUGGGGUGCAACAAGGCAGCGGCCCUCCGAUGGCCUUUGUUAAUUCGCUACCACUUCUCGGCAACCAAUCUGCGGCCAAGCGUGUUAGGCUGUUCGGCGUCAACCUCGACUGCCCCGAAUCUGGUGGAGUACCUGCGAGCGCAUCGCAGUUGCAGUUGAGUUCUAGUCUUCCCUUCCUCCCCUUUCCUCAUGAGAGCAUCGGGUCCUCGGCAGCUCCGUCAUCAACGAGCAAGGAGCAGCACUUAUCGUUGGAUCUUGACUUGUGAAGAAGAAGAGCAUGAGAAGAGAGAGACGUCACCCGCCACCUACCUGAGUACUUGAGAUGAAUACUGAACUGAAUGUGAGAAGAUCUUGAAAGUUCUUUCUGCAUCGAAGGAAUGGAAUAAUAGACAGUAAUUUUUGUCUUUCUUCUUGCGAUCUUCUAUUCUAAUUGUACGUAUUUUGAUUAACAUAUUGACCGCAUCUAUGAUCAGAUGUCUAAACCAUGCCGAAAUCUAUUGAUGCAAAACCAUA